AUGAGCCAGCCAACCCAAAUUCAAACCAGUACCACUGAAGAUGCUCAUUACUUGGGCCACGAGAAUCCGAUGGGGCACCAGUACAUGCCUCCACAGUGCUACGGCCCUCCUAUUCACCCGGGUGGUCAUACACGGGAUGCUAACGGGAGCCUCAAUCAAACUUUUGCUACCUUGGGUAUUCAUGGGCAGCGUCCAAAUUAUGCACCAGUCAAAGGUAGCAUUCCAGUUACUUCCGGGGCAAAUAGCGAAAUGCACCAUCCUCAGCAAGGACCAUUUGUAGUGGUUUCGAGCCCCCCCAUGUUUCGAAGUGGGAUGAUACCACCCCCCCAUUUCGGUCAAAUUCCACCCGAUCAAGGUGGUUCUUUCCAGUAUGUACCUACUAGCAUUUAUCCCGGCUUCGUUACCAAGGCUUCGUAUUCCCCUACCUCCUAUCCUGGAUAUCCUUGGCCAUACGCGCUGAGCCCUGAUCAGGAUCCUGCAAAACACCAUUGCGACUGGUCGCCAGUUGAAGAUAAAACCGCGGCUAAUGUUGUUAUUGACGGUGCCGCACAUCCAAAUCAAACUGAAUAUUACCCUGUUGCUGGACCGGUUGAUCACCCUCAACCAACGGCUCCAAUCUACAACGGCACACCUCAGACCCCAGGUCCUUGCCUCCCAUAUCAGAUGAUGAGAGGUGCUGGAGGUUAUGUUCUUCAAGAUCUUGAUGCGUUGGUGAAGCAAGAUCCCCCAAUUCCACCCGCUGUCCCAGCAAUGUGGACUAACCCUUCUGAACUCACGCUUGCAAAAUGUCUGGAGAACCGUGAAGGUAUAACAAACGUUUACAUUCGUGGAUUUCUCCCAGAGACAACGGACGAAAUGUUAUACGCUUAUGCUGCAAGAUUUGGGAAAAUUGACAGAUGCAAGGCAAUAGUUGAUUUGGACAGUGGUCUUUGUAAAGGAUUUGGGUUUGUACAGUUCUUUAGUUUUGAAGCGUGUGAAAAUUGUAUCCGCGGUUUUUUCCAUCUCGGGUAUCAAGCAAGCUUUGCACAGAAAUCUCGAAACUCUCGACUUAAGGAUUUGGAGGAUAAGUCUUCUACAAACAUUUAUUGCACCAAUGUCCCCAUAGAGUGGGUUGAAGCUGAUCUUCGCCGUCAUUUUGAGCCGUAUCGAGUAAUAUCUGAAAAGAUUAGCCGCGAUGAGAAUACUGGGAUUAGCAAGGAAGUCGGGUUUGCAAGGUUUGAAACUCGCGAUAUAGCUGAGAAUGUGCUUGCGGAGUUUCAUAAUAUCACUGCCAAAGAUGGUGUAAAGCUUAUGCUUCGUUUUGCUGACACCAAAGCACAAAAGCAACUUAAACAUCAGAGUAACGAGCGACGUGCUUAUCGUGCCGGGGAAUAUAGUUACUCUGUUGAGAUGGUACAGGGCUCAACUCCGUCGCCUAGCCUUCAUCGUCUACAACAAGCCGCAUCUCACUUCAGUCCAAAUUCUCAAAGCAGCUAUGCCUCUCCUAUCGGAGUCGGCCAAGUUUGGACUCCGGCAACUUCGAUCUCCCCCCCAGGCCCACUAUUAAAUAGAUCUGUUAACAGUUUACGCGCCACUUCAUGGCCAUCACGCGUACUGUCCAAUAUUGAGAAUACCCCCAGUGCCCGGGGACGGCUAGUUUCUAUUAGCAGAAGUUCUUUGUCUGCCGGUUCCACGAAGACCGUCAUGCCUAUUGCUUCUCUCCAGGGCAGCAGAUCUGAAAAUUCAAGCCCAAAAAAGGGAAAAGCGACGUCCGGUUCUAUGUCUCCAACCCCUUCAGCGAAGGAGAUAAACUUCUCAACUCCAAAAUCCUGCAAUUAA